GAGCACCGCCCGCCCGCCCGCCCUACCCGGCUCGUGAAACUUAAAUAAUCCUACGGUCUACGGAACGGCCUGGCUUUCUGUUCCGCUACAGACGCCGUCCGAAUUCAGAAUCCGACGCGCCCUCCACCGACCGUCCAACAGAAAGCUCCUAGCUCCAGCAGCAGUGCAGCACCACUGCACCAGCAAGCGAGCGAGGGAGCCUUCCAUUAAUUUACUCGCGGCAGGGCAGCCGAGCUGUACACUGUGCCCUCUGCAGCGUCGGUGGCCGCCUCCCGCCCGCGCACAUGGGUCUCAUGGGGGGAGGGUGGACUGUGGCGCGCCCGGUGAUUAAAGAAUCCAGGACAUGGCUUCCCCGCCCCGCCGCCUCCAACUCCCUCUGGACGUCCUCCUGCUGCGGGAGCUGAGACUCAGAGGAGGAGGACGACGAGUAGGCGGUGGUGGUCGCUGCUGGCGGCAGUGCUGCUGCUGCGGCGGCCAUGAGUUGGAGGAAGGGAGGCGGCGCGGAUGGCGUGGCUAGGAGGUGGGUGCUGCUGCUCUGCGUCGGGAGCUUCUGCCUCGGCCUGCUCUUCACCAACAGGAUGUGGACAUUGCCUGAAGCAAGUGAGGUAGCUAUACCAAAUGAAAGAAGAGGGAAAGAGUCUGAGCUUAUGGCUGGAGACUGUAGUAUACAAAAAGUUCAAGGAAAACACGAUUACAGGGAUAUGUUACAUAUCUCAGAUACUCACCAUGAUGCCCAGACUUUAGGUAAGACAAUAGCAAACCUGGAGACAGAACUCUCUGCUGCAAGAACUCUACAAGAUUCUUUUCUCAACGGAUCUCCAGUGUCCGAAGAGUACAAGGCUUCUGAGUCUACCGGUAGGCGCAAAUACCUUAUGGUGAUAGGCAUCAAUACUGCUUUUAGCAGCCGCAAGAGAAGGGAUUCUAUCCGCAACACUUGGAUGCCUCAAGGAGAAAUGAGGAAAAAGCUGGAGGAAGAGAAGGGGAUCAUAAUUCGUUUUGUUAUUGGUCACAGUGCUAUUUCAGGUGGAAUCGUCGACAGAGCUAUUCAAGCAGAGGAUAAGAAACAUGGGGAUUUCAUGAGGCUUGAUCAUGUUGAAGGAUAUCUUGAACUUUCAGGCAAAACAAGAACAUACUUUGCGACAGCUGUUGCUUUAUGGGAUGCUAACUUCUAUGUGAAGGUUGACGACGAUGUCCAUGUUAAUAUAGCGACGCUUGGAAAUAUCUUAUCCAAACAUAUUUCGAAGCCCAGGGUAUACAUUGGAUGCAUGAAGUCUGGCCCUGUCUUAUCUGACAAGGAUGUCAGGUACUACGAACCUGAGCACUGGAAAUUUGGUGAAGUGGGUAACAAAUAUUUUCGACAUGCCACUGGUCAAUUGUAUGCUAUUUCAAAAGACUUGGCAACCUACAUAUCAAUAAACAAGCAUGUUUUGCACAAGUACAUCAACGAGGAUGUUUCUUUGGGAGCUUGGUUAAUAGGGUUAGAUGUUGAGCAUAUUGAUGACCGCAGACUAUGCUGCGGCACUCCACCUGAUUGCGAAUGGAAAGCUCAGGCGGGGAACACCUGUGCAGCCUCGUUCGAUUGGAAGUGCAGUGGUAUCUGCAACUCUGUGCAGAACAUCUGGGGGGUCCAUACGAGGUGUUCAGAAGGUGAAAAGGCGCUGUUGACUGCUGCUUUCUAAUCAGAGCGAGUGAUUUGAGAUCUACAGGGUUCAUCAACAAGACUGGAAGGUGCUCUGUUGUGUACUUAGAUCGAGCGCAUUGUACAAAAUUUCUCUGAUUCAUUUUGUAGGCCUGUAACUAGCUAGACACAGUUUACGAUUGGGCAACACUGCUGGAGCAGACCGGGAUUUUACUCAGCGUCUGCUGGCGCCAAUCGAGGACUCGAGGGGGUGUAGAGCUGAUCGAUUCUUUUGACAUCCCAUUUUUGUAUCGACCUGAUAAAGAAAGAGCUACUACUAUACAUAUUGCAGAAUAAUGGUUCCAUGCUAUUCAUUCAAUUGCAUCCUAUUAAAAAAACCCCGCUUAAAAGAAAUA